UCUGCUGUGGUCAACAGUAGUCGCUAGGACCCCGCAGAUGUCUGAGUGGAUGGCAGCAGCAGCAGCAGCAGUGAAGGGCAGCACUGAGCAUGCGCGGAUUGGGGCUUGUAGCUAGCUGCUCGGUUAGUUACUGAUAUAAACAGCUGGAGGUAGUGGAGCACACAGAAUGCAUGCAGGCACGGAGCACUGUGUGACUACUGAGUAGAUCUCACCCUGUGCAUGGGCACAACAGGCUGGCAUGGGAUGCCACAGGGAGCUGGAAUUAUCCUCUGCUUCUGCAUAGCCUAUUGGAGUGUUACUUUUUCCUCCUCCUAUAUGUCACAGAUACAGUGGAAUACUUCCAGCAUUUAAAGAACCCACGAAUAUGGAGCAGACCUUUGAAACCAUUGAAGAGAAUUUACAAAGGCGGUGCAUUACAUAGCUAAAAUGUGGUCAUGUUCAAUAGGAACUUUGAAUGGACAUGAGUUACAUUUUCUGAAGGAUAUUAUUUAAUAACAUUAUACUUGAAACAAUUGGGGGGGACCGUAUCCCCCAUUUUGUUUCCUUUUUUUUAUUUUAUUUUUUUAUACUUUAGUUUUUUAGUGAGGGCAUGGCCAAACCUUUUUUUAGUUUACAGAAAUUUCUAAGGCGGGCUCAGUUUUUUCUCUUCUUUCUCACCAUUGCUUACUUAAUGGCUGGAAGUCUGCUACUUUUACAAAGGUCUUACCUGGUGAUCCAGCAAAACAACCGAGGAACAUCUAAUGUACAGGGUUCUGCGAUUGAUGGUUUGAUGCCUCUUGAUAGAUACUUGGAGCAAAGGAUGUUUCGGUCUUCAUACUGGAAUUCACAAGGAUUAGUGGGUAGAAAUAUUCAAGAGAAACCAGAGACAAAUGCUUUACUUGACCAGCCGCUUUGGCUGAUUUCACGAAACUCAGAGUUAAGGCAGUUGAGAAGAAGAUGGUUUCAUAACUUUGUAAGUGAUCGACAACCUAGUCAGGGUGUAAUAUCAAAACUACAGAAGCAAACAAAUGUUAAUAAAGGUACAUAUGUUGGAUGCUUCAUGGAAAAUUUGGAAGAUAGGACUCUGAAGGCUACAGUAUUCUAUGAUCUGAGGAAAAUGACUUUAGGUCACUGUCAGGGGGCCUGUGCAGAAAGAACAUAUAUUUAUGCAGGUUUAUCCUAUGGAUCUGAGUGUUACUGUGGCAACAACCUGCCCCCCAACCGAGCCAAAGAAGAAGAAUGUAACAAUGAGUGCAAAGGAGAAAAAGGUUCCAUCUGUGGUGGUGUCAACCGUCUCUCAGUCUUCCAGCUAGAGAAACUACAGACGGCGGUGAAGCAGAGGAGGAAUUCUACCUACCGAGGAUGCUUCAGAGCUCCAGAAAAUGGGACUCAUGUUUUUCCUGCAUCGUUUCUCAACCUCUCCACUGAUAUGUGCUUAGAUUUCUGUUCUACAAGAGAAUACCCUUUGGCAAUUAUCCAAUGGCCGGAAUGCUUCUGCGCUUUCCCUACAGUUCAAUUUAACCUUUAUGAACACCUGGAUGACUCUUUCUGUUCUGGGUCCUUGAAUGACAGCAGUGGAUCAGAAGUCCUGAGGGAUGAGAAUUAUUAUUCUGUCUACCAAACUCCCAUUCAAGAUACCCGUUGUACAACAAGAAGAUUUCUACCUACAAAGUCCAAAGUGUUUAUAGCUUUGUCGAGUUUUCCCGGAGCUGGAAAUACAUGGGUGAGGCAUCUUAUAGAGCAUGCCACAGGAUACUAUACUGGAAGUUACUACUUUGAUGGAACCUUGUAUAAUAAAGGUUUUAAAGGUGAAAAAGAUCACUGGAGGAGCGGCCGGACCAUAUGUGUAAAGACUCAUGAGAGUGGCAAGAGAGAGAUUGAGAUGUAUGAUUCCUCCAUUCUCCUGAUUCGUAACCCUUAUAAGGCCUUGAUGGCAGAGUUUAACAGAAAGUGUGCGGGACAUCUAGGAUAUGCAACAGAGAAGCACUGGAAAAGUAAAGAAUGGCCAGAAUUUGUAAACAGCUAUGCAUCAUGGUGGGCUUCACAUGCCAUCGACUGGCUUCAGUACGGCAAGAAACUUCUUGUUGUUCACUAUGAAGACUUAAAGAAAGACAUUAUUGGAAAACUAAAAGAAAUGGUGCCCUUCCUCAGUGUUCCAGUAAAUGAAGAUCGUCUCCUUUGUGUGGAGAAUAACAAAGAUGGGAAUUUUAAGCGAGUAGGCUCCAGCCAGACAAUCAUGGAUCCAUUUACUCAAGACAUGAAGAAUACAAUAGAUGGCUAUAUCAGGACGGUAGAUAAAGCACUUAAAGCAAGAAAUUUUACAGGCUUACCAGAAGAAUAUAUGCCAAGAUGAUAUCUGGAAACUAAGCAGUCUUUUUAGUUUGUAAGACCUUAUACACUACUGACAACUGCAAAAUCUCUCUACUGUUCUAUGAGCUUUCCAAAAACUCAAUGCUGAAAUAGAAAGAAAUUAAAGUAUAGUAGAGAGCUGGCUGUAAACCAAGGCUGGAGCUAUUAGCAUCUUUCUAUGUGUGUUCCUCUACUGUACCGAUGGCUGAGAGAUGUACACUUGUACACUGUGUUUUCUGGACUGGUUCCUUUGUUGAUGUGUGCUGCCUUUAGCAAAACCAUUCAGGAGUAGUUUCAAAUGUCGUAGAGCCACAGCCUGCGAUGUGUCAGAAUUUCCUUCUGUACAAAAAAACAAAUAAAGUUCGGAGCAGAAAAGGGCAUAUUUUCAUUAAAACAUGCCUUAUGUGUGUUUUUUUUCCAAGACACAGAAAAUUGAGUUAGGGGUCACAGCUGAGAGGUUGAGUAACAUGCUUUAUUUUCCUGAUCAGCAGAGAGUUAAGCUGAUAUAUGUUAUUCAGCCGUGUAAGGCAGAAGAAACAAACAACAAUUCACUCAAGACAUUGAAUGAAUUGGGAGAACAGCUUUAUCCUAGUGGAGACAGGACAUAAAUGUUGAGUGAACUUUUCAAAAUUUCUAAUUUAUUUAGGUAGUUUUAAAGUGGAUUUAAAUUAAUGUCAAUGCUAUGGGAACAUGAGGUAACCCAUGAUAACUAACAGCUUGUUUAAAAACACAUUACUCUAUUGUAUGCUUUUAAACACUAAAAUAAAGCUGCAUAAAAUAUCCCUGAUUGUUG